CGAAGGCUUAACCAAGCAACUAAGAAGGAUCAUUUUCCCCUGCCAUUCAUUGAUCAGAUGCUGGAGCGCCUGGCAGGUAAGUCUCAUUAUUGCUUUCUUGAUGGGUUUUCUGGCUAUUUUCAAAUCAAUAUCGCUCCUGAGGACCAAGAGAAAACAACAUUCACCUGUCCCUUUGGCACUUUUGCCUAUAGGAGGAUGCCAUUUGGUCUAUGCAACGCUCUUGGUACUUUCCAGCGAUGCAUGCUUAGCAUCUUCAGCGAUUAUCUUGAAAGUUGCAUAAAAGUAUUCAUGGAUGAUUUCACUGUUUAUGGAUCCUCAUUUGAUACAUGCUUAGAUAGUUUGGAGAAAGUUCUUAAAAGAUGCAUAGAAACAAACCUUGUCCUCAAUUUUGAGAAAUGUCAUUUUAUGGUAGAACAAGGUUUAGUUCUAGGGCAUAUCAUUUCUAGUAAGGGAAUAGAGGUAGAUCCUGCAAAAAUAUCUGUGAUUUCAAAAUUGCCUUAUCCCUCUUGCGUGCAAGAGGUUCGAUCUUUUCUUGGGCAUGCAGGUUUCUAUAGACGCUUCAUCAAGGACUUCAGCCAAAAAGCACUUCCCUUGUCCAAACUACUGCAGAAAGACAUUGAUUUCGAUUUUGAUGACAAAUGCAAACAGGCUUUUGAUCGCCUGAAGGAAGCUUUGACCACCACUCCGAUCAUCCAAGCACCAGAUUGGACAGCCCCAUUUGUUCUUAUGUGUGAUGCAUCCAAUUAUGCAUUGGGGGCCGUCUUGAUGCAAAAGAUUGAUAAGCUGCCUCGAGUAAUCUACUACGCUUCCAAGACUUUGGAUGCUGCUCAAGCAAACUACACCACCACUGAGAAAGAGCUCUUAGCCAUUGUCGAUGCUAAAUAUUACAUUUGGGAUGACCCAUACCUGUGGAAGUUGUGCAGUGAUCAGGUUAUUAGGAGAUGUAUUCCAGACAAUGAGAUUGACUCGAGGAUCUGCAGCACCUGUGAGCCUUGUCAGAGAACAGGAGGAUCGAUUUCACAAAGACAAGAGAUGCCUCAACAACCUAUGCUGUUCUGUGAGGUAUUUGAUGUCUGGGGUAUAGAUUUUAUGGGUCCUUUUCCUGUUUCUUUUGGUUUCUCUUAUAUUCUCCUCGCUGUUGAUUAUGUUUCAAAAUGGGUGGAAGCUAGAGCCACCAGAACUAACGAUGCUCGGGUUGUUGUAGAUUUUGUUAGAUCUCACCUCUUUUGCAGGUUUAGAGUGCCCCGAGCAAUUGUUAGUGAUCAAGGAACCCAUUUUUGUAAUAGAUCAAUGCAAGCCUUGCUAAAGAAGUAUGAGGUGACGCAUAGAGUUUCUACACCGUACCACCUCCAAACAAAUGGGCAAGCGGAGAUCUCAAAUAGGGAGAUUAAAAGGAUUUUGGAGAAGAUUGUACAGCCCAAUAGGAAAGAUUGGAGCAAAAGGUUGGACGAUGCUCUUUGGGCCCACAGGACUGCGUACAAAGCACCGAUAGGGAUGUCUCCCUACCGGGUUGUCUUUGGAAAGGCGUGUCAUCUGCCAGUUGAGAUUGAGCAUCGGGCAUACUGGGCUGUGAAGACUUGCAACUUUUCAAUGGAACAAGCUGGAGAGGAAAGAAAGCUGCAACUGAAUGAACUGGAUGAGAUCCGAUUGGAGGCCUAUGAAAACUCGAAGUUCUACAAAGAAAGAACAAAGAAAUUCCAUGAUAGUUCAAUUGUUAGAAAGGACUUCAAGAUUGGCCAACAGGUUUUAUUGUAUAACUCUAGGCUCGGACUCAUGGGGGGUAAGUUGAGAUCAAAGUGGACUGGACCUUUCAUUGUGACUAAUGUUUUUCCUUAUGGUGCAGUAGAGAUCCAAGGACCAUCCACAGCAGAAAGCUUCAAGGUUAAUGGGCACAGACUGAAACCCUUCCUCAACAAUCCUUCUUUGGUGAACGCAGUGGUGGAGGAGACUUCUCUAGUCGAUCCCACCUCUUUUUCCCUCUAA